AUGAUUGUCCAGGUUGAUCCAGUGGCAGGUGCCUCCACUUUGGGAACAAAUCUUGCUCUCAUGCGAGAAUCUGGCGAGUUAUGUGACUUCACCAUUGUUGUAACAGGGUCUGAAGUCAAAGCUCACAAGUGUGUUCUGGCAGCGACUUGCGAGUACUUCAAGACAAGCUUCGGAUUCAGUGACCUGUCGCAGUCCUUGACCAAAGCUGAUUUCACCCACGUAGGCUGUGAUGUCAGGGCUCUGGAAAAGGUUAUUCACAGUUUGUAUACAAAUGAGAUCGAUCUGGAUCCCGACUGGCUGGAGGGUCUACUGCGACUGGCUGAUUACCUCAUGCACGACACCUUACGGCAUUGCAUUGAGACCUACAUGGAGAGUACCUUGACCUUUGGCACAGCUAUGUUGUAUUUCCGGCUGGCACUACAGUUCCGACUGCAUUCAUCAGGGUUGAUUAACGACACCAAGUGGUUCCUGUCUUUCCGCUUUCACGACUAUUUCAUUUAUCAGCAAGAAGUACUGGAGGCUGACAUGGACAUGCUCACUGCCUUUAUGACGUACAACAUCUUUCAUCAGUGCAAUCCUCUACAGAUAUUAGAGUUUAUGUUGAAGAACAUUGCAGUAGUGCUUGAGAAACUUCACACUGUUGCCAUGGAAACAAACACAGAUGUCAUCAGAGAAAUGGAUGCAAGAUUAGAAAGCACCUGUACAAAUUUGUGUGCGCUAUUCAACACAAAACCCCAAGUCCUGGAGAGAUGGAAACCCCGUCUGAUUGACUUCAUGAGGGCAUGGAGAAGAUCCUGCCUGUCUUGUGUUAGUGCCAAUGUUUCAGAAUUGUUUUGGUGUGUGCAGACAUUAGAGUUCCACCUGUCUGAUCAUGCUACUGUGAUCGACUGUGUGUGCUUGAAGACAGGUACUCAUCUUGUGUGCUACGAGAAGCUGCUCAGAUCAAACCUCUUCAAGAAGACACUGAUACGGGUCGUGGACUUCUUCUUAGUGAUUGCCUGCUGCAACCAAGAAUGUGAUCUGAACGACAUGCAGUACAUUCCAACACCAUAUUUUGAUGAUGUCAAAGACUCGACGUUCAAAUGGGGGCUGUGCACAACAUGUGCCCCAGAAAAACUGAAAAAAUGGUUUGCCUCUCUGUUGGAAGUUAACCCACACAGUAAAGUAGUCCCUAUAGAAGCUAAGUUGACUGUUAAAAAAAUAUCCUUUUUGGAUUGGAACAAACUCACAACUAUUAAAAGCAUCUCUCAAGUAGUAAAAGAGCUUCCUUCUUGCAUCAGAGAAUCUGAUGAUGAUACAGCAAUCAGAGAAUCUGAUGAUGAUACAGCACUUAGAGAAGCUGAUGAUACACCAAUCAGAGAAUCUGAUGAUACAGCAGUCAGAGAAUCUGAUCAUACAUUAGUCAGAGAAGCUGAUGAUACAGCAAUCAGAGAAUCUGAUGAUACAUCAGUCAGAGAAGCUGAUGAUACAGCAGAAUCUGAUGAUACGAUUAGAAUGUCUGUUACACUUGAAAGAGUGCCAGCCUCAUCGCUGAAUGUUCUCAGAGUUGUGAUGCCUUCAUGUUCUGCAACCUUCCAGAAGAACGAAUGCAAAAUCUUGGUUGUGUUAGCACCAAUGGCAGAAAUGGCUACCCAAUUGUUGGCAACCGAUGAAGGUAUGCGGCUGGUGCGCUCUCCCAAACUGGAGCUGUCUUUCUAUGAUAUUGAAAUGGGCACUUGGUGCCGUGGCCCUCAGCUGGAUUUGCCCAUCCCCGGCGUCAUGCUGGAAAAACAUGCAUGGAGGAUUGCCUUUUUGGACAGUUGCCUUUACAUGUUCAGCCUGGGGCAUGCUGUUGGCCUCCAGUACAACACUUUAACAAACACUUGGUUUCGUCUAGAGUGUCACGACAUCUUUUCUUCCCACACCAAUGCUGCCCCUGUGAGAAGUGUUAUUCCAAUAAAGGUCGGAAGGAAGUUGAUUGUUCUCUCCAUGGGCCGUGAGUCCCAGCCUGAUGGGACAUUCUUGACACAACAGCAUUAUUUUGAGAUGCAGGACGAUUGUAGGACAUUUAAUAAGGUAGCCUCAGUAGAAGGUGACCAACUGGACUUGCCUGUGACUCAGUGGACAGUCUGUGACAGCACUCUAGUCACGAUUAAGUCCAGCACUAUGGUGCACAGGUCCCUGUCUCACAUUCAGUACAUCCAUUUUUAUAAUGCAGAAACGAGAAAAGUACGCACACAUGAAGCUGUUUGUACCAUGGAGGCAGGAGUGAAGGUUGUGGCUAGGGACCAGAUUAUUUAUCUGCUCAACAACGAUGGCUGGUGCCGAAAGUAUGAUGUCCAAAGGGCAGCCUGGGCUGAAAUGCAGAGAUAUCCAUCAAUGGCUAAGUCGACCACCUGGAAACAUGGUAAUGAAGCAACAUACCCUGCACUGACACAUGUGGCUUGCCAUGACGGCUGCUCACGGUGGGAGGUGUUAUCUGGCCAAGAUAGUAUCCAUUCUGGCAUGCUAGAGAUGGUGAUCACCAGCGAUGCAGAGCUUGAGGUAGUGCACCACCCCUCGCCCCCAUUUCAGUUUAUGACUGCAUUAUCUCCGAGCUCAAUGUCAAGGACACAGCUGAAUGCCAUGGAGCAACCACUUUUUGCCCAGGUUGACAACCUGUGGUUAGAUUUUUCUUUUUAUAAGAAGUUCGAAAUAUGA